AUGAGGGCGAUUCACGAUCACCUCACCGGAGAUUCUUCGUCGAGGACGACGGCUCAGCUGGUACGGAGCCCCACCGCCGGCGAGUUUUUCUCAGAGCAGGGAUACAGUGUAGUGCUUCCUGAGAAACUGCAGACUGGCAAGUGGAAUGUCUUCAGAUCUGCAAGGUCCCCUUUGAAGCUUGUAUCAAGAUUCCCUAAUCACCCCGAAAUCGGCACAUUGCAUGAUAAUUUCGUGCACGCAGUGGAUACAUUUCAAGAUCACAAGUAUCUCGGGACACGAAUUCGAGACGAUGGAACUAUUGGAGAGUACAAAUGGAUGACAUAUGGAGAAGCAGGCACGACAAGAACAUCUAUAGGGUCCGGCCUAAUGUAUCAUGGAAUCAAGAAGGGUGCUCAUGUUGGAUUGUACUUCAUCAACAGACCGGAAUGGCUCAUCGUUGACCAUGCCUGCUCUGCAUACUCUUAUGUAUCAGUUCCCUUAUACGACACUCUCGGCCCGGAUGCUGUCAAGUACAUUGUAAGCCAUGCUGCUCUACAAGCCAUUUUCUGUGUGCCUGAAACACUGAAUUCUCUGCUGAGCUUUAUGUCCAAGACUCCAUCUGUUCGUGUCAUUGUGGUUGUUGGAUGGAUGGAUGAUCAAAUUUCGUCUCUUAUACCAUCAAGUACUGGAGUUCAAGUUGUAACUUACUCAAAACUGCUCACCCAGGGCCGCAACAAUCUUCACCAUUUUUGCCCUCCAAAACCUGAAGAUGUUGCUACAAUAUGCUAUACAAGUGGCACCACAGGGACACCGAAGGGGGUUGUACUGAGCCAUAAAAAUGUGAUUGCUAAUGUAGCUGCCUCCACGUUGACCACCAAGUUCUACCCAACAGAUGUCUACAUAUCAUAUCUACCUUUGGCGCACAUGUACGAGCGGGCAAGUCAGGUCAUAAUGGCGUAUUUCGGAGUAGCUGUUGGAUUCUACCAGGGGGAUACCUUGAAACUGAUGGACGAUCUGGCUGCGCUUAGACCUACCAUAUUCUGCAGCGUCCCUCGGUUGUAUAAUAGGAUAUAUGCUGGUAUUACCAACACCGUGAAGAAUUCUGGGGGACUAACGAAGAGGUUGUUCAAUGCUGCAUACAAGGCCAAAAAGCAGGCCUUACAGAACGGCAAGAACACAUCUCCGAUGUGGGACAGAUUGGUGUUCAACAAGAUUCGAGAGAAACUCGGGGGACGAGUUCGGUAUAUCGUCUCAGGAGCUUCACCAUUAUCUCCUGAUGUCAUGGAGUUCAUGAAGAUCUGCUUUGGUGGUGAGGUUCUUGAAGGAUAUGGGAUGACAGAAACUUCAAGCGCCAUUAGCGUCAUGGAGGUAGGUGACAAGGAAGUAGGUCACGUCGGCUCUGCUAAUCCAGCUUGUGAAUUGAAGCUCGAGGAUGUUCCACAAAUGAACUACACUUCUCAGGAUCGACCAUAUCCACGUGGCGAAAUCUGCGUCAGGGGUCCCACCAUAUUCCAAGGCUACUAUAAAGAUGAAACUCAGACUAGAGAAGUGAUCGACGGAGAAGGUUGGCUGCACACUGGAGACAUCGGAUUAUGGCUACCAGGAGGCCGCCUGAAGAUCAUCGAUAGGAAGAAGAACAUUUUCAAGCUAGCACAAGGCGAGUACAUUGCUCCCGAGAAGAUAGAGAAUGUGUAUGCCAAAUGCAGAUUCAUCGUUCAGUGCUUUGUCUAUGGCGAUAGCUUCUGCUCUUCUUUGGUUGCUGUUGUUGCGGUUGAUCAUGAUGUGUUGGCAGAUUGGGCUGCCUCUCAAGGAAUCAAGUACAACGACUUGGAGAGACUAUGCAAUGAUCCAAGAUCAAAAGCAACUAUUCUAGCAGACAUGGAUGCUAUUGGAAGAGAAGCUCAUUUGCGAGGAUUUGAGUUUGUGAAAGCUGUGACGUUGGUGGGGGAACCGUUUACACUGGAAAAUGGACUUCUCACCCCAACAUUUAAGAUAAAGAGAGCUCAAGCGAAGGCGUAUUUCCAGAGUGCGAUUACAGAAAUGUAUAAAGAGCUUGAUGUAUCUGAAACGCCUGCUAGAUCAGCAUUGUGACGCAAUACAGAAACCGAAACCAAGAUUAUUUAUAUGAGUAAUUCCCAUGUAUCGAAAUGUUAAGUGGCCGAGCCUUCAUUAAUUGAAACAAUAUGUAGAAGUGAAAUCAAUCGAUACAUUGCUUUGUCCUAGCUUCUCUGGCUCUUGCUUGAGAAUAAAUUAAAGUGUCCCUUGUUUUUAAUU